AUGGCGCCGGCGGCAAAGAUCCGUGUGCGGGCGCAGAAUGAAAUCAACCCAGGAACAAAAAUGUCUUGCUUUCCUUUCGCUUUGGAUAAAACAGUUUACACUGUUUAUCUGCGAAACUUGAAUCCAAAGCAACAAACAAUGGAUUUUGUUUUACCGGUUCUUCUUUCUUUUUCAAAUGUUUUUUUUUUAAUCUUUUCUUUGGUCUUUUGUUCUCGACUCCCUUUUCUUUCUUUCUUUCUUUCUUUCUCACCCUUUCUUCUCAUUAUUUUUGUUCUGCUUUUUUCUUUCUUUUUUAUUACUCGUUUUUGCUUUCUUUCUUUUUUCUUCUUAUUUUCCUUCUUUUUCUUACCCUUUCUUUCAUCCUUUCUUUUUUUCUCAUUAUUUUCGCGCUGUCUCUUUUUUUAUCCCCCUUUCUUCCUUUUCUUUCUUUCUUUCUUUCUUUCUUUCUUUCUUUUUCUUUCUUUAUUAUCUAUCUAUCUAUCUAUCUUUCUUUCUUUCUUUCUUUCUUUCUUUCUUUCUUUCUUUCUUUCUUAUUCUAUCCUAAUCUUUCUUUCUUCUCCUGCCCUAACCAAUGAUUUCUUUCUUUCUUUCUUUCUUUCUUUCUUUCUUUCUUUCUUUCUUUCUUUCUUUCUUCGCCUUUCUUUCUUUUUCUGUUCUCCAUUAUUCUUUAUUCUGCCAGUCUAUCAAUUUAUGUCUAUCAUUCUUUCUUUCGUUUUCUUUCUUUUUUCGUAUUCUAUCCUAAUCUAUCUAUCUAUCUAUCUAUCUAUCUAUCUAUCUAUCUAUCUAUCUAUCUUCUCUUCUCUUCUCCAUUGUUCUUUAUUAUUUUUUAUUUGCUUUCUAUGUUUAUUUACUUUUUUCCUCUGUUACCGUUUUCUUUCUUUCUUAUUUCCUUCCUUUCUUAUUUUCUUUCUUUCUUUCUUUCCUAUUUUUGAAUUUAUUCAUGGCUUUUUAUUCCUUUUGAUUUUGUUUCUUUGUUUUUUUGUUUGUUUUUGCGUAUUGGUAUAUAUAUAUCUUUUGUUUUUUUUUCUUUCCUUCUCUGGCACUUCUUCCGUCUUUAAUCUUCAUUUUUCUUUUUAUGGCGUUCUUUCGUCACUCCUUCUCUCACUUGGUGAUUUUCCUUUUUUGUCUUUCUUUUGUGCUUCUUUCUGUUUGUCUUUUCUUUUUCUUAGUCUCGUCUUUCACUUUUUUUCUCCUUCCUUUUUUCUUUCACUUUUCUUUCUUUCUCCCAUUCACUUGUCUUUGUCUUUCUUUUUUCCUUUCUUUUCUUUUUCAUUCUCCACAUCUUUGCCUUUCUUUCUCAUUAGAUUCUCAUUAGAUUCUCAUUGCCUCGUCUUUCUUUCUUUCUUUCUUUCUUUCUUUUUUUCUUUCUUUCUUUCCUUUUAUCUUUUUUCUUGUCUGCUUGCUUUCUUACAUGCAUUAUUUCUCUUUUUCUUAGUGGCUUUCUUUCUUUCUUUUUUCUUCGCUGGUUGCUUAUCUUUCCUCGCAAAUUUUUGGUCUAACCUCCUCUGUUCCUUUUCUUUCUUUCUUUCUUUCUUUCUUUCUUUCUUUCUUUCUUUCUUUCUUUCUUUCUUAAACCCUUUCUUAAUAUGUUCUCUUUUAUCUUUUCUUUCUUUCUUUCUUUCUUUCUUUCUUUCUUUCUUUCUUUCUUUCUUUCUCACCGUUUUCUCUUUUCUCUUUUCUUUUCUUCUCUUUUCUUUCUUUCUUUCUUUCUUUCUUUCUUACCGCUUUCUCUUUUUUCUUUUCUUCUCUUUUCUUUCUUUCUUUCUUUCUUUCUUUCUUACCGCUUUCUCUUUUUUCUUUUCUUCUCUUUUCUUUCUUUCUUUCUUUCUUUCUUUCUUUCUUACCGCUUUCUCUUUUUUCUUUUCUUUCAUCUUUCUUUCUUUCUUUUUUUCUUUCUUUCUUUCCGUUUUUUCUUUUCUUUUGUUUUUUCUUUUCUUUCUUUAUUUCUUACCGUUUUCUCUUUUCUCUUUACUUUUCUUUCUUUCUUUUCUUUCUUUCUUUCUUUCUUUCUUUCUUUAA